CCAAGAUGGCACUGUCCUGUAGAGGUGUGUGGAGCGGAGCUUCUUUGAUCUUAUUUUAUGGAAAACGACCUGUCGGAGUCAAAGCAAGUCUCUGCACACCUAGACUGGAUUACACAAAAUCCAGUAGUUUGUGGUUUGUUAGACACUACUCACCUUCACAAGCAAGACAUGGAAUUGGUCGAAGCAUUCUGAAAUGGACCAAUGAGAAAUAUGAGAGAUUCCUGCAACGUCGCUUUCCACGAUUUUACGUUCUCUAUCAGACUUUUAUGAGAGGUUUCCGACUCCUGUUUCAAGAUGGUAAAAAAGUGAGAAGAAUCAUAGCCUGCAUGCUGAAUGAAAAAACUGAGUACCAGAAUUUGCAUUACCGUGAUAUGGAGAAAAUCAGGCAGGUCCGCAGGGACUUAAUCAAAGCCAUCCCAUUGGUCAUCUUAUCAAUACCUCCCUUUGCCAACUAUGUGGUCUUCAUCCUUAUGUACCUCUAUCCUCGCCAGCUUCUGAUCCGGCACUUCUGGACCCCACAGCAGCUGGUGGAGUUUCAGGGGGUGUAUCAUGCCCAGAGAGCACAACACCACUGGGCUAUAGUCAAAGGGCUGGAGAGCAUAUCAACAUCUGUCCAAGACAGCCGCCUCAAAAGCCGCCUCAUGGAGCUCUGCAGUAAGGUCCGAAGUGGAGUCCAUCCUGUGGUGUCUGAUGUCCAUGCAGUGAGAACUUUGUUCUCUGGGCCUCCCUUGGGUAUCAAGAGAAUAUAUGCAGAUCAGAUGAGGCACCUGUGUCCUUUGCUUUUCCUGACGCCCCGCCUCCCAGGCUUCUGGAUUGGUCGACGCUUGAACAGCCACGCCUUAGAACUCAUGCAGCUUGACCGCGCCAUUGUUCGAUUAGGCGUGCACCAAUUAAACGAUGCGGAGCUCAGAGAGGCAUGUUACGUGAGAGGGCUGAAUCCUGACCAUCUGAGUCCCGGACAGUGCCGGGAAUGGCUCACACAGUGGUUGCAGUUCUCAACACACCUCAAAGAUUCUCUGUAGACAAUACAACAUGUCUGGUGUACAACUGAAUGAAUUGCCGAGGAUACUGUAUCCCAUAAUGCAGUGCAGUGUUAUGAAUGAAGCAAAAGUAAUUUUAAUGAUUAUUUACUCAAAAUUAAAACGGUUCUUGAUGAUAACAGUGUGGCAUAUUAAUAUUAAGAAUUACAGUUUAAAUGUUGUUUUUAAGUAUAUUGUAUACUGCACAGUAUUCAGUAUUUGAACAUAAAUGUACUCUAAAGUUAGCUUUUAAUACACACUGAAUGUUUCUUAAUUGGUCAGUUGAGGUUUGUGUUGAUGGCAUGAACAAAUAACAGAAGAAACCACAGUUUUUCUUUUGAAACUGAGAUGACAGUUACUGUGUUGCACAUUCAUUGUGGUAUUGUGUUUCCUUUCUGUUU